CCAUGGUGUCACUGGGCUAUCAUCUUAUACUCAGCCUUAUGACAGAUGUUUUAAAUGUUUAGGAAUAUGAGAUAUCUGAUCUUUGAUCUUACAGGUGAUGAGCUUCUUUCUGAUUCUUUUCCUUAUAAGGAGAUUCAGAAUGGAAUUCUAUGGGAAGUUGAAGGAAAGUGGGUCAUUAAAGGGGCAAUUGAAGUGAACAUUGGAGCAAAUCCCUCAGAAGAGGGUGGAGAUGAAGAAGGCGUAGAUGGCCAGCCAGUUAAAGUUGUUGACAUUGUUGACACAUUUCGACUACAGGAGCAACCCUCUUUUGACAAGAAGUCAUUUAUGGCACAUAUUAAGCGUUAUAUUAAGAGCCUUACACCAAAACUGCCUGAAGAACGUCAAGAGGAGUUCAAGGAAAAUGUUGAAGGAGCUGUUAAAUGUCUUCUUUCAAAACUGGACGAUCUUCAAUUUUUUAUUGGUGAAUCCAUGAGGGAAGACAGUACCCCGGUGUUUGCAUAUUAUAAAGAAGGAAGCUCGGAUCCAACGUUUAUAUAUUUCAGAGAUGGACUGAAAGAAGUCAAAUGUUGAACAACAUGACCAAUAUGUACACACAUAAUUAAUUUUCUAGUACUUAGAUUUUGGACGUUAGAGUCAUGACAUGCACAUUCUGUUUUAUUUGAGAUUUGAAUUUCGACUAUGAAGUUCUAUUCAUAUU